AUGUCUCAUCAUCAUCUUCCUUCAAGAUUUCUCAAAUGUCUCAUUAUCAUUUCAAUCUUUAUAUCAUUCUCAUCCUUACUCACCCUUCUUCAACUCACUCACAAUAACAAUACAACAUUAACUGUCGACACAACAAGAUUUUCAUCUUCUUCAUUCAUCCAAACCCGAGAAAAGAACAUAACAGUUAGUUAUAACAGAAAACAGUUUCCUUUACUUAAGGUUUACAUGUAUGACUUACCCCCUGAAUUUCACUUUGGUCUAUUAGGUUGGAAAGGAAAUGUAAACCAAAUAUGGCCAAACAUUAGUAACAUGAAUCACAUUCCCAAAUAUCCAGGAGGGUUAAAUUCACAACAUAGUAUUGAAUAUUGGCUUACUCUAGAUCUCUUAUCAAUAACUUCACAUACUAGUAUUAGAGUUUUCGAUUCGAGUCAAGCUGAUGUGUUCUUUGUCCCAUUCUUCUCCUCGUUGAGUUACAACAAACAUUCCAUUCGUCGAGGAAGAUCUAGAUUUAGCUUGAACAAGAUUUUGCAAAACAGAUUGGUCGGUUUCUUAAGGAGUAGGAAAGAAUGGAAGCGAUUUAAUGGGAGGAAUCAUUUGAUCGUGGCGCAUCAUCCUAAUAGCAUGAGGGAAACGAGGAGAAAACUCGGAUCAUCCAUGUUUGUUUUAGCGGAUUUGGGAAGAUAUUCAGAAGAUGUAGCCAAUAUUGAAAAGGAUGUAAUUGCUCCUUAUAAACAUAUGGUGAAAACAAUUGAUCCUAACUUAUCUUUGCCAUUUGAAAAGAGGACUACAUUGGUUUAUUUUCAAGGUGCAAUUUUAAGGAAAAAUGAUGGAGCAAUUCGACACGAGCUAUUUUACCUUUUGAAAGAUGAAAAAGAUGUUCACUUCUCAUUUGGAACGACUGAAUUUAAUGGAAUAAACUUGGCGAGUAAAGGCAUGGCUGCGUCGAAAUUUUGCUUAAAUAUAGCAGGGGACACUCCAUCUUCGAACCGUUUAUUUGAUGCAAUCGCUAGCCAUUGUGUACCUGUAAUAAUUAGCGACGAAAUCGAGCUUCCUUUUGAAGAUGUAUUGGAUUAUUCGGAGUUUUGUAUAUUUGUUCUAGCUUCGGAUGCUUCCAAGGAAGGUUUCAUUUUAAAUCUUCUAAGAGGGGUAAACAGGGAAGAAUGGACAGGAAUGUGGGUGAAAUUGAAGAGCGUUGCGAAACAUUUUGAAUAUGGUUAUCCCACGGUUCGUGGGGAUGCGGUUAAUAUGGUUUGGGACGCGGUUUGGAGGAAAAAAUACUCGAUUUUUAUGAAUAAUCAUAGGAACAAUAGGUACCAAAGAUUUCGAUUUUUUUAAUGUUUUUGUCUGGGGUUGUUUUUAGUCAUUAAAAUGAGCUAAAAUUGUUACAUAGAAAAAUUGAAAUAAGUUGUCAUAGUAAAUUCUAGUUUUUUCAGUUAC